AUGUUUGUAACAGUAUUAAUGGUGGCUGAAAAACCAAGUUUAGCUAAAACUAUUUCUGGAAUUCUUUCUAAUAAUACAGCAAAGCGUAUAAAAAAUAAUGAAAAUUCUCCACCACAGUUUCAUUUUAAAGGAAGAUUUAAAAAUUUCUCUGCAAACUUUAUUAUGACUUCAACAUAUGGUCACAUAAAAGAAACUACUUUUGCAAAAGAAUAUACUGAUUGGAGAAUAGAUGAUUCAAAACUUUUUGACUGUCCCUUAGUAAAGUUAAACACUGAUAAGUCAUUUAAAAUUGAUAAGUAUUUUUCUAGAAUUUUUAGUAAUUGCGAUUACUUAGUAUUAUGUAAAAAUAUAUUUUUUAGGUUAGAUAAUGACAGAGAAGGCGAAAACAUUUGUUUUGAAGUUAUGGAUGCAUGCAAACUUUCGUGUAAAAAAACAAAUUUUGAAGAUUACGUUUAUAGAGCACGGUUUUCUGCAUUAACAGAUGUACAUAUUAAAAAUUCUAUGAAUAAUUUAACUAAACCAAAUAAAAAUGAAAGCGAUUCUGUUGAUGCAUUACAUGAAAUUGAUUUGAGAAUUGGAUGUUCAUUUACAAGAUUUCAAACAAAAUUUUUAAAAAGAUAUAUUUCAAAGAAUAAUACAAUAAAGUGUCUUUCUUUUGGACCUUGUCAAACUCCAACAUUAAAUUUUUGUGUUCAAAGACAUAAAGAUAUUAAAAAUCAUACAUCAGUAUCUUAUUGGAGAAUUAAAUUAAUUUUGCGUGAUAAUAAUUCAGAUAUUGAACUUAAGCCAAGAUGGAUGGGAGAGAAUUGUUUUAAUGAAGAAGAAUUUAAAGAAAAAAUAAAAAUUUUGCGAAAAAAUAAGUUUGCUCAAAUUGUAGAGGUAGAAAAAAAAAAUGUUUUGAAAAAUCCUCCAAAAGCAUUAAAUACAAUUGAAUUGUUAAAAACAUGUUCAAAAAAUUUAUCUAUUUCACCUAGUGAUGUUAUGUUAAUUGCUGAAAAUCUUUAUGUACGCGGUUUUAUUUCUUAUCCAAGAACAGAAACUUCAAUGUAUCCUAUAGAUUUUGAUUUUAAUGAUAUUUUAAACAAAUUAAAAAGUGAUAAUGAGUGGAAAGAUAUUAUAAAAAAUCUACUUGAAAAAGGAAUUUGUUUGUCCUCACAAGGAAAAGAUAAAGGUGAUCAUCCACCAAUAACACCAGUAAGAGCAUCAAAAGGAGUAUUAGGGGGACGAGAUAAAGAAGUAUAUGAUGUCAUUGUAAAAAAUUUUUUAGCAUCAAUAAUGACUCCAUGUGAAUAUGAAACAUAUUCAAUUAAAUUAUUACUGGAUGAUGAAUCAUUUAUUUAUUAUACAAGACGAAUUGUUGAUUUAGGUUAUACGGUAUUUAUAAAAGAUGAUGAAGUAUCGGAAUCUUUUAUACCAUUAAAUGUUAAAAAGAACGAUUUUUUACAUGUUGUCUCAGUGAGAAGUGAAAAAAAAACAACCAAACCAUUAACGCAUUUGACUGAAAGUGAAUUAAUAUCAUUUAUGGAACAAAACCAAAUUGGAACAGAUGCUUCAAUUGCAGGACAUAUAUCAAAUAUUAUUAAAAGAAAAUUUGUUACAAUUGAAAAAGGAAGAAAACUUGUACCUACAGUAUUAGGAAUAGAGUUAAUUAAUAUUUAUGAAAAAAUUGAUAAAUGUUUAAUUUCUCCUCAAACAAGAGCAGAAACUGAAAAAUUUCUAAUUGAAAUUUCUACUGGUACAAAAAGUAAGGAUUACGUUGUUUCAUUUAUUCUAAAUAAGUACAAAAAUAUUUUUGAAAAACUAACUUCAGAAUUUCAUCGUUAUUUUUAUUUAAUAAAAAACGCAAUUAUAGAUGUGCCAGAUGAAAAAAAAAUUAAUGAGAAAAAAAAUAGAAAACGUAAGAUAUCUUGUAAUUCUUCAAUUUUAAAAAAAAAUGAAAGCAAUAAGACGAUAAAGAGGAAGAAGUAA